UGCAUCUCUCGCGAGCCAAUUCAGUGGCAUCUUGGCCUGCGAGCCACCCUCGCCAUGAGCUCGUCUUGGAACGUCCUGAACGAUGACAAUCAAGACUCAGAACGGCACGAACUCUAUCUCCAGCGCAAGGCACAGAUCGAGAGCUUCCUGAGACUCUAUAACGACGCCAUAGCGCACCGGCUUCGCGGACGUUCUGCGGAAGCCAAGUCCUUUCUCGAGACCCUCGUCAAGGAAUCCUUUUUCAAAGAACAGCUCGAUCCAAUCAACGAUGUGCAAACGUCACAGCCUCACCAACUGCAGUAUGUCGUGUUCAAGAACUAUGCUCGAUAUUUGGAGGAAGAUGGAAAUCUGGAUCAGGCGCUGUCGUACUACAAAAAGGCACACCGGCUCACUAACCGCGACGAAGCGCUUGCUCUCAAGAUCGCGCGGAUCAUGAUGCAGCGCCGACAAUAUGAGGGUGCAGUGGCCCUUCUGAAGCAGGUCUAUGCCGACGCACUCAUGGAGGAGCACCGCCAGAACGCCUUGCGAGCCAUGUGCGAGGUCUUUUUCCACGUCGGCGAUACAGCGGCGGCUCUCAAGUACACCAAGCUGGCUCUUCUUGACGACGACGGCUGGGCCACGGGCAUAUGGAUAUUCAAAUCGAUCAUCGAUGGACAUCUGCAAGCCUUGGCGUCCUUGGGAUACCUCAACGCCGAUGUCAAUCCCGAGGAUCUCCGGCUCUAUGCCGUGCACAAGAGCAGAUGGGAAGCUCUCUUGAAUGCGCACCCAGAAGCCCGCAUCUCCCGCCGCCCUGCGGUUUCAGGAAACCACGAUACACAUGUUGCUCCCUGCGAACUAUACCUUGAGGAUGCGUCCUGGCUCGGUCUCGGCCGUCUUCUCCUCAACCAUAUCCGAAGCGACGGCCCACAGCUGUCAGCGGCGGCUGACGCACAGUGCAUUGUCAUUCGAAUCGGCUCGGAGCUGAGGCUAGGACUACCUGGAAUCGAUGUCGACAUGGCUAUGAGUGCGGCAAUGCCACAAACGCCCCCGCCGCAGCAGCACCACUAUGACAGCGACCCAGUUGCAUCUGGGCUGUCGGAAACGGAGCGCCCUUCAUCGCCGCAAAAGCGCAAGGCUGCCGACGCAUCGGGAUCUGCUCAGAAAGGCCGUUGGCCUAACGCCAAAUGCCCAUAGGGAAACGCGCACAUCGAAGCGAACCAAGGGCAAGUCCUCGCAGCCCGAACAGGAUAAGGCUACCAUGGCUGACCUGGCCAUGCUGGAUCCAUGGCUGCCUUCUCGGUAUCGCUUCGAUCCGGAUAGCGACUCACUGCUUGCAUCCGCUGAAUCACUCAAGAUCACGGAGGCAUUUGCCCGCCGACUUUCGACAGCCGAUUUGGGUCUGGCACGGCGGCGUGGGCGAGGAGCGCCAAAAAAGUCAGACUCGCCCGUCAAAUCAGCCGAGCCCCCCGCCCACUUAGGGAAAGACGACUUUGUGGACUUUCCCGAUCUUACCUUUGCC